AAGCAACAGGAAAACGGGAAACAAGAAGGGGGAGGGAGCAGCAGAAAAGAUAGGGCGGAGGAGGAGGAUAAGAACGAGCUCGCCACUGAAUGCUUCUCUCUCUCUCUCACUCUCUCGAAUCCUUCCUAUUUCUCGUCUCUAUCUCGGUCAAACCGCUCUCUGGGGCUGGGUAUCUCUUUGUGUCCGUUCUAGAAGAAGUAAAAAGAAGAGAUUGCUGCAGGAAUUUUUUGAUUUCCCAACAGAAGAAAGGACGGAAGAAGGAAAGAUCUCAUGUUUUGUGUCAGGUCUUUGUCCCCUCUCUGCUGCUUCUCUUCUUCUGUUUCUGUGGAUUUAAGAGACUGACCGAGCUCAGAGGAGUGGCCGUCGAUGGUUGGUUCCGACGCCUUCUGUACCUCCCCGUGUUGAUGUGGUUGGGUUCAUCCCGUUUGCUCGGGUUGCUGUUUUUCUAGUGAAAAUGGCAUUUCCCCCUCUCUUCUGAUAGCGUCAUGCGGUGAUUGAUUCGGAUUUGCUCCAUUUCCCUCAAAGUUCGGAACUUUUCUGCUGCUACCAUCUUCGACUCGUAUGGUCUUGGCCCUUUAGGGUUCUUUUGUGUUCUAAUUGACCUUUACUUUGAUAUAUUCUCCGGAUUUUUGGAAGAUCUGGCUCGCUGGGUUGAUCAUGUCGUACAUGUAAUUUUUGGUAGUUUGAACUUUUGGGUUGAUCAUCGUUUGUCCUUCGUGGGAUUCUUGAGGAAUCUUCAAAAUCGGAUUUUGAUCUGAGGUGGAACCCAAGAUCUGACAGGACUUACUAUCUGUAUCGGGAGCAGAAUUGAAUCGAUCACUGGUGGGAUGGACGACAAGACCGCCAUGAUGGAGGACUGGACGCUUCCGAAUCCCAGCCCAAGAACCUUAAUCUCAAACCUUUUGAAUGAGGAGUUCGGUUCCAGAUCAUUCUCGGAUUUGUUAUCAGGGAAGGAAAAUGAGACGCCUCCAAAUGCACCGGAGACGGAAAAGGUGGAUAGGGUUACAAAAGUGGAGGGGGGUGAGGCAUCAAAUGAUCACCCGCUGGAACCAAAUUGGUCUGGAGCUCAUAAAUUGAACUCGCAUGGAGGACUUGCUGAGAGGAUGGCUGCUAGUGGGUUUAAUGUGCCGAAGCUCAAUACUGCUUGCAUCGGACAAGCUAACAUGGAUGCAUCAUCCUCAGGUGUCCGGUCUCCAUAUCUGACAAUUCCACCGGGUCUAAGCCCUACAACAUUGUUGGAGUCUCCGGUUUUUCUCUGUAAUUCUUUGGCUCAACCAUCUCCCACCACAGGCAAGUUUCUUUUUGCUCGGAACAAUAACACAGGCCCACUGUCAGUGUCAGUCUCAGCAGCUUCUAUUAAAUGUGAUGACCUACUUGAAGAUGUUCCUGAAGCAUUUGCUUUCAAGCCCCCCUUGGAAUCACACUCAUUUUAUUCAAGUUCCGAAAUGAAGGUUGCUCCAGACUUUGGUCAGCCACAAACAUUAUCAAGUAUGAGAGUAUCAAUUCAAUUGGGCGACUCUAAAGAAAUGGGAACUACAGAAGCUGGCACUACGCAUGUCCUAAACCAACAAGAAUUCAACCUUCAGGAGAGUAAAGAUGCUAUACCUGAUUCCUUCAUGAGUAGCGACCGUUCUCUGCCCCUUGAUGAACAACAGGAAGGAGACAGAGACCUUAGAGGAGAGCUAUCAUCUGUGGCUGUUGGUGCCCCAGCAGAGGAUGGUUACAAUUGGAGGAAGUAUGGACAGAAACAGGUCAAGGGUAGUGAGUACCCUAGAAGUUAUUACAAAUGCACUCAUCUAAACUGUCAGGUAAAGAAAAAGGUGGAACGCUCUCAAGAGGGUCACUUCACAGAGAUUAUCUACAAGGGUGAACACAAUCAUCCCAAGCCUCCUCCAAAUCGCCGAUCUGGUGUUUUGUUGUCCAACCCAUUUAAUGAUGCAGAAAUUGAUGGUUCUGAUCAACCUGGAUCACAAAUGGCUACUGAUAGCAAGCCCAUGUGGGUGGGUAGAAACAUGGGGAAUGAAGGACACGAUUGGCAGGGUGACCUGGAGGCUACGUCAUCUGCCCAUGUCACUGCUGAAUGUUGUGACCCCUCAGCUGCUGUGCAACAGAGACCAGAUGGACAACGUUUAUCCUCAGAUGCUAUAGAUGUUUCAUCCACAAUGUCCAGUGGUGAAGAUGAGGAUGACCAGGCCACCCAUGGCAGUGUAUCACUGGGCUGUGAUGGUGAGGGAGAUGAGACCGAAUCGAAAAGACCGAAGCUAGACACCAGUGCUAUUGAGAUGAAUGCAGCUUCCAGGGCAGUUCGUGAACCAAGGGUUGUGGUUCAGACGACCAGUGAGGUUGAUAUCCUUGAUGAUGGGUAUCGUUGGCGCAAAUAUGGACAGAAGGUGGUCAAAGGAAAUCCAAAUCCAAGAAGCUAUUAUAAGUGCACACAUCCAGGUUGUAAUGUUAGAAAACAUGUGGAGAGGGCAGCACAUGAUCUGAAGUCAGUCAUCACAACCUAUGAGGGCAAACACAACCACGAUGUCCCUGCUGCAAGAAACAGUGGUCACCCCAGCUCUUCUCCUUCCAAUACCACAUCAAAUGCAGGACCUCAACCUCAUGGCCUGCUUCCAAGAGCAGAAUCGACCCAAGGUGGUUUGGUGAGGUUUGAAGGCCAUGCACCUCUUGGCACAUUUGGCCUCCCUGGAAUGGAGCAGCUUAGACCACCAACCAGCUUCACUUUUGCGAUGGGCCAACCGGGCCUAAUGAACCUCACCAUGGCUGGCUUUGGUCCUCUAGCUCCGACGAAGAUGUCAGUUCCCCCUUCAGUUCACUCGUAUAUAGGGCAUGGCCCGCCUGUUGAAGGACUCAUGAUACCCAAAGGAGAGCCCAACGAGGAACCAAUGCCAGAGACGAGGCUGCCCAUGCUAAAUGGAGGUCCAGUGUACCAUCAGAUGACAAUGAACGGCGUGCCUCUAAGACCCCAGCUGUAAAUAACACUAUAGGAAAAAUAGAUGUUAUGCAUACCUGAGAAGAAAAUUUUGCUUUUGCUCGUCCCUUCCUGUUAUAGAAUGCAAACAGUUUCUGCUUUCAUCUUCAGCAGGACCAUAAAAAAUAAUGUCUAAAUUAGCGAGACAGUUCUUGUGUUUGUAUCAAGUGUUGUGCCAAAGAAUGUGACUCAGGAACUGGGUUUGUGGCUGUGUAUCUCUGAUUUAAUUCCUUUGAGAACAUGAAUGUAAAGCAUAUAUUGUAUC